ACUAAAGGAGAUACAGAGCAUAUAUAUGAAGUCAGGACUGAAUUACUGGCAAAUGUUAAGGACAUCUAUCACAGAUACAAAAAUUUCAAAUUCCCUGAACCUUCUCCAUUCAUAUUAAAAGAAUAUGGUUACCGUCUGCCUCCACAAUAUUCUGGCCUAUACAAAAUUAUCAAGAGGUUUCAAGUGGAUGUAAUUCUAGAUCCUGAAACAGCACAUCGUAAACUUAUAGUCUCAGCAGAUAGAAAAACUGUGCGCUAUGGAAAUACAGUGCAAAACUUACCUCCAAGCCCAAGAAGAUUUUAUCGCCUCCCAGCUGUUGUGGGUUCUAAGGGCUAUAGUAGUGGCCGGCAGUACUGGGAAGUAGAAGUGAAAGACAAGCCUGAAUGGAUCCUUGGUGUCUGUAAUGACUCUCUUCCCAGAAGGAGGAAGCAUCCACCAACAUUAGUACAGAAUGGAUGGUGGGGAAUUUGGCGAUCUGGUCAGGAUAAUUAUAUUGUAUUGGGUCAUAAGGAAAUUAAUCUGCUGCCAAAAGUAAGACCUAGUAAAAUUGGCAAUUUUUUAGAUUAUGAAAUGAAAGAGGUUUCCUUUUAUAAUCUGAAUGAUAGCUCUCUACUGUAUACUUUUAAUGAUGAUUUUACAGGAUCACUUUUGGCUUAUUUUUAUAUUGGAAUGGACUCAAAACCUCUUAAAAUUUCUAGAGUAACAGAUUGUGAAUAAAUAACUAUUGGAAAACUGUCGUUUUCUGACACCUAGCAAACAUAAUAGAGCCAGUGAAUCUAGUUUUGGUAAUUCUGUAUUUUGUCCUAUUUUUCCCACAAAAGAAACCCCAGAAUUGUUUUUAUCUCAGUGUCAGCACUAAAAAAUGUG